AUUUGUGGCUUUAAAAGCAAGGUAAAAGUGAGCCAUUUUAGGUACUGUCUAGUUCAGCUGCAGAAUACCUAAGCCAUUCAUCAAAAAUGACUUUCUCUAGUGCUGAGAAGGCUGCUAUUGCCUCCCUCUGGGGUAAAGUGUCUGGCCAUGCUGAUGAGAUUGGAGGAGAGGCUUUGGAAAGGUUGUUUUUGAGCUUCCCUCAGACCAAAACCUACUUCAGCCAUUUUGAUCUGAGCCAUGGCUCUAAGGAUCUUAGUGCUCAUGGAGGAAAAGUUCUGCGAGCCAUUGGAAAUGCUGCCAGUCACUUGGAUGACAUUUCUGGCGCUCUGUCUGCCCUCAGUGACCUGCAUGCCUACAAACUGAGAGUUGAUCCUGGAAACUUCAAACUGCUGUCUCAUUCCAUCCAGGUGACUCUGGCUAUCCACUUCCCUGCUGAAUUCAACGCUGAUGCACAAGCUGCCUGGGACAAGUUCCUCUCUGUUGUCUCCUCUGUUCUGGUUUCCAAAUACAGAUAAACGAACAAAGACAAACGAUGAAAAAACAAUGACCCUUUCACCAGUGUCAACUGAUUCAUCAAUAAAGUUUUAAUCUUAUUUUUAA